AUGGAACCGGAGGCACCGGAGCUGCUGGACGCUCUCCUGGAGCCGCCGGACGGGCUCUUCCCGGGCAGCAUCUUCCCCGAUGCCCCCUUCCCCGGUGGCUCGGAGCCGGCCGUCGAGGGCUGGAGGCUCCCGGAGGACGGCCGGCGUCGGACGGAGGAGGAGAAGCGGCUGCUGGCGCAGGAGGGGGUGAUGCUGCCCGGCACCCUGCCCCUCACCCAGGCCGAGGAACGGAUCCUGAAAAAGGUGAGGAGAAAGAUCCGGAACAAGCAGUCGGCCCAGGACAGCCGGCGGAGGAAGAAGGAAUACCUGGACGGGCUGGAGAGCAGGGCAGCCGCGUGCUCAGCCCAGAACCAGGAGCUCCGAAAGAAAGUCCAGGAGCUGGAGAAGCGCAAUGGGUUGCUGCUGCAGCAGCUACAGGCGCUGAUCAAGUCGACGUCCAACAAGGCCGCCCAGACCAGCACCUGCGUCCUGAUCCUGCUCCUCUCCCUGGGACUCAUCCUCUCCCCCAGCUACAGCCCCUUCCGCCGCGGCCCGGGGGGCAACCGGGAUGGCGACAGGCCCACCGGAGUGAUUUCCAGGAACAUCCUGACCCAGGGGGAGCCGCUGGGAUCGUCUGGAGAAGCCCCAUUCCCUGUGCCGGGGUGGCUGCGGGUGGAAGAGGCAGGACCUGCGGCUGCCGCGGAGGAUGCUGCUGAGGGGGUGCAUGGGAGCACCCCCCCCGGCAGGGAGCCGGGCACCAACGCCUCAGGCCGGGCCCCCCCGCGGGCUCUGGUGGGGACAGCGAAACGGGGACACGGGGACGAGAUGUGA